UUCCAAAACUUGUGUGGACACUUGUGAUAUAUUCACAUCUCUCAUUCCGUGUGCUGACUGCAGAACUGAGAUUCUUUGAGAUUUUUCUACAGAAGAGAAACCAGCGGUCAGCAGCUUCCUCUCAAUUCCUGCAACAAAUCCAUGGCGCUCUCUGCAGCAUUCUACGCACCUUCACAGGCGUCCCGUGCUCUUUUGUUCCGAACCCGAAAACCGAAUUUCUCACAGACUGCUUGCUUCCAGAAAACCCUAACAGUUAGGGCUUCAACCACCCUGGAAAACUACUCCAAGCUCCCUGUGGGUGAGAAAUCUAUAGCCCCAUCAAAGAGCAAUAGUUGGCAAUGGAAAUUCAAGGAAAAUUCUAUCAACAUCUACUAUGAGGAGCAUGAAAAGGAAAGGGAGGGUACUUCUAAAAACAUUCUUUUGAUACCAACCAUUUCCGAUGUAAGCACUGUUGAAGAAUGGAGAUCCGUAGCAAGUAAUCUUGUUCAGCAAGACGGUAAUGUUAAUUGGCGAGCAACCAUUGUUGAUUGGCCUGGUCUGGGGUACUCUGAUAGACCAAAGAUGGACUACACCACUGAUGUCAUGGAGAAAUUUCUGGUUGACUUCAUCAAUGCACCUGAUGGUCCGAUAAGUGGCUCAGAAAAUGACUUUGUGGUAUUUGGAGGAGGGCAUGCAGCUACUUUAACUAUUCGUGCUGCAAAACGUGGUGCUGUGAAACCUAAAGCCAUUGCCGCCAUUGCACCCACGUGGGCUGGUCCCCUUCCUAUUGUGUUUGGUAGAGAUUCUAGCAUGGAAACUAGGUAUGGACUGCUUCGAGGCACCUUACGAGCCCCUGCUGUGGGCUGGAUGAUGUAUAAUAUGCUUGUCAGCAAUGAGAAGUCAAUUGAAUCUCAGUACCGAUCACAUGUCUAUUCAAAUCCUGACAAUGUGACUCCUGGAAUUGUCGAAAGUAGAUAUGCGCUGACAAAGCGGAAGGGAGCUCGCUACGCGCCCGCUGCUUUCUUGACUGGCCUCCUUGAUCCUGUGCAAACCCGAGAGGAAUUUCUUGAACUCUUUGCAGAUAUGGGCAGGAGGAAGAUACCAGUUAUUGUCCUCUCAACCGAAGGAUCUCCAAAGAGGUCAAAAGCAGAAAUGGAAGCUCUCCGGGAAGCUGAGGGAGUAAGUAAGUUUGUCGAGGUGCCAGGUGCUCUUCUUCCGCAAGAGGAGUAUCCUGCUAUGGUUGCAGAGGAGCUUUACCAAUUCCUGCAAGAAAGUUUUGAAGUCAACAAUUAGUUUGUUUUUGGUUUCCUUACUUUACAAACUUGCUCAAACUUACAUGUACUUUUCUCGUCACCAAAAUUAUACACACUUUAUCCACUCUAAAAUACUUCAGAUUCUACUUUUA